CACUGGCCUGUAAGCCAUAUUUAUGUGAUAGGAGGGGGCACAGCACCGGUUUUUUGGCAGAUUCAAAGGAAUUGGAUGUGAGAUCUGCACGUCCAGACCACAGUUAUGAGGGGGAGGAGGGUGAAGCUUGGAGGAAAUGGGUGUAGAGCACUUCUCCUCCCACUUCUAUAUCUCCAUGCAUUCCUCCUCCCCUCACAUUUUAUGACAGUUUGUGCAAGAAAAGAGGAGAACACGGUGAAAUCUGAUUAACAAUCUGCUGAUCCUCACGUGCUCCGUCAACUAUGGUCUUCCUGCUCAUCUCCUUGACCGUACUGCAUCUGCUUACCUUGUCCAUGCUGCUCGUUGCCACCUUGGAGAAGUCGUGGUGGAUCUGGGCCGAUUCUGAAAUCAGCGACCUGUGGUACAACUGUCUCCAUGACAACGCCUCAGACACAUGGCUGUGUGCCGUCACCAAUGAAAGUGACUGGUUGCAAUCGGUCCAGGCCCUGAUGGUUCUGUCCGUGGUCUUCUCCUCCAUCGCUUUAACGGUCUUUGUGGCUCAGCUCUUCAUCAUGUCCAAAGGAGGCCUCUUCUACUUCACGGGCCUCUGCCAAGGCUUUGCAGGUUUCACAGACUUUGCGGCGUGCCUCAUCUUUACUUUCCACCGGAAAGAGAUCCUGAACGACUCCAGAGAUCUGAACAGAGGUCGCUUUGGCUACUGCUUCAUUCUGGCCUGGCUGUGCGUUCCCUUACUGCUCGUCAGUGGAAUCCUCUACGGCCAUUUGCGAAAGAAGGAAUGACAGCUGCUACUUUAUAGAAUUUGUGGAAAUCAGCACUGACUGAGAGUGCAAAAUGUUGGUCUUUCACCUUUCAUCACACCCAUUGUGAACAUGAGAACACCCAAAUGAAGGAAACGUGAGUAACUCUACUCAUACAUUGUUGGAACUUGCAUUGAAUUGUGUUGCUUUAUUAAAAGACAAAAACAUAAUUAA